CCCCGACGUAGUAUGGCUCUAUCGGCUUCCGUACCUUUCACUGGCGUUGUUGAAGUUGAUCGGUGGUGUGUGUUGGAAAUGUUCAGGUGAUCGGAGGAGGAAAGACACAAGGAAGCCAACAUGGCUGACUACUGGAAAUCUCAGCCUAAGAAAUUUUGCACAUAUUGCAAGUGUUGGAUUGCUGACAAUAAGCCGAGUGUUGAGUUCCACGAGCGGGGCAAAAACCACAAAGAAAAUGUCAUCAAGAAAAUCAGUGAGAUCAAACAGAAAAGUAUGGCCAAAGCCAAGGCAGAUGAAAAGAUGUCAAAGGAAUUUGCUGCAAUGGAGGAAGCUGCAUUGAAGGCAUAUGAAGAAGAUCUGAAGAGGCUCGAGGGCACAAAACCAGCUCCUGUAGGUCCAACAAUUGAGGAGAGAAGAGCGCGUGAUGAGCAAAAAAGGAAAGAGAUAGAAGCUCUAGAAAAACAUCAUGCUAGAAAACGGUGGACAAAGGCAUUUUCUCCAGAAGGAUUCACAUAUUACUACAAUGAAUUGACUGGAGAGACUCAGUGGGAAGAGCCAGAUGGAUUCCAGGAGAACAAGAACAAGUCUGAAGAGCAAGGAGCCAAACCUGUUUGGGUAGAAGGUGUAUCUGAAGAGGGUUAUACGUACUACUACAAUAAUGAAACAGGAGAAUCCAAAUGGGAGAAUCCAGAAGGUUUUGAUGCUUUGCCACCUACAGAAGACCAGGAACGCACCCCGGACAAGCAAGACACAACUGUAGAGGAGGAGGCUGGCAGUGUGGAGCAAAAAUCUGAGGCAACAUCUGAUGAGUCCAACCCAUCAGAGGAAGCAACACCAGCACCUUCAGUAUCAAAAACUAAAAUCAAUUUCCGGAGUAAAAAGGAAGAGAAAAAAGAAGACACACUUGAAUCUGAUAUUAAAGAAGAAGACACUGAAGUCAAGCAGGAGACGGAAGAGAAGGGUUCCUCCCUGCAGCUUCCCAAGCAAAGGCCAAAAAAGGCGAAUCCAUAUGGGGCAUGGGAGCAAGUUAAAGAGGAGGAAGAUCCAUAUGAGAAUGUGGAUUUAGAGCUUCCAAAUUUUGAUUAUGAUGAUGAUCUACAAGUCUCAGUACCUGAUCUCCCAGAAGAGCCAAAAGUGAAGUUCAAGGAAAAGACCAUCACCACCCUUGGGGACACAGCAGCUGGAGUUUCUGUUUUCAAGAAAAGGAAGCUGGAAAAUGUAAAACCCCGUAACAUACGCCAGAGACUGAAUGAUCAGUAAAGGACUUUAAUUUGGAAAAUUCUGUUUUUAAACUGUGUGUUUCUAAGCAUAGCAAUAUUAUUUCUGUGUGCGCUUGGUGUGAUUAAAUGCUUUUCUAUUUUUCUUUU